AUGGUGUUCUAUCACACCAGCAACGUCGUGGAGCCCUCGGCCUUUAUUUACGUGGGCAAAGACAAAGUUGAGACGAAGGACCUGAUCGCCCAUGGAUGGCCCGAAGACGUGUGGUUCCACGCUGACAAUCUCUCCUCGGCGCAUAUCUACCUGCGACUACCUCCUCCACAAACGCCAGAUCAAUGGAAGACUAUCUCCCCGGAGCUGCUCAACGAUUGCGGCCAGCUCACCAAGGCCAACAGCAUCGAGGGCAACAAGAAGGACAACGUAACAGUCAUCUACACGCCAUGGAGCAACCUCAAAAAGAGCGGCAACAUGGCUACUGGUCAGGUUGGGUUCAAGGACAACAAGCUGGUGAAGCGAGUCUAUGUCGAGAAGCGUGAGAACGCUAUCGUGAAUCGUUUGAAUAAGACCAAGGUGGAGAAGUAUCCGGACUUGAGGCAGGAGCGGAUGGAUAGGGACCGAGAGGAGAGGAAGGCUGAGAGGAUAGCCGCACAAGAGAAGAAGAAGGACGAGGAGCGGCUAGCGGAGGAGCGGGCUCAGAUGAAGUGGCAGAAGGACCAUAUGUAUGAGGAUAUUCAUGACGAAGACGCCAUUGCAGCUUCAAGUAAUCAGGAUCGCGAUGCCGACUUCCUUGAGGACUUCUUCUAG